CUAAAUGAUAUAGGACAAUUCGAGCUUAGUUUUGGGUAAGUCUUCAGUUACGUCAUUUCCAGUCUCCGGCUUUGAUUGGACGUUACGAAGUGACAGAUACACAGUACUGCAUUGAGUAACUUGGUUUCAUUCUGAAACACAUCAGAUUAGAUAGAACUUCAUAAGGAUUUAACAUUUACAAUGCCUCCUGAGGCCAUUGAUUUCAGGCAUAAAAGGGAGAAUAUAUUAGAGUUUUUAAAAGAACCUGCAUGGACUAAAAAAGAUAUAGAUUUACUAAGAGAAAAAGUGCUCAAUGAUAAGAAAUUAAAAUCACGAACUGAUGAUGAAUUCUUACUCCGUUUUCUCCGAGCUCGAAAAUUUGAUCAAGAGAGAUCUUUUAAGAUGCUCAAAAACUAUUAUUCUACUAAGAAAAAAUAUCCAGAAGUAUUUAAGAAUUUCUCUCCCUCCUCCUCUCUGGAAGCGUUAAAGGAUAAUUUUUUAAUGUAUACGUCGGAAGUAGACUCUCGUGGAAGACAUAUUGCCAUAGGAAGAGCAAGUGCAUGGGAUGUCUCCAAAGUAUCUUUAGUUGAAAUUAUACGUAUAGCUCAUAUGUUUCUCGAAGAAGUCAUCAGAGAAGAAAUUGUUCAAAUCAAUGGAUUUAUAUUGAUUUUAGAUGCUAAAGGUCUAACGGCUCGUCACAUGUUGCAACUAACACCUAGAAUGGUGUUUACCAUAAUUAAUGUAUUUCUGGAUUCAUUUCCGGUUCGUUAUAAAGAAAUCCAUGUCAUAAAUACAUCUAGAUUGGUUGAUAUUGUAGUUGCGGCAUUUUGGCCCUUUUUACCUACAAAAUUUAAGCAAAGAAUAUCUUUUCACCAUUCUCUAGAAUCGCUUCAUUCUGCUGUUGAGGCUAGAAUUCUUCCAGUCGAAUAUGGUGGUCAAUGUGGAUCGUUUGAUAACUCCCUUUGUGUUCAGAGACUAUUGCAACAGGAAGAUUACUUGAAAGAACAAGAAAAAUUUUGGAUGCUCUUUUAAUUUAGAUUACAGAAUUUAAUCAAUUGUUAUAUAAAAUAAUGUUUAUAUAACACUUGAUUAAUAAAAAAGGAACAGAGCCGGUUUCUAAAUAUAAAAUAUAUUGGACUUGGUGAUGGACUGGCUACGGGAAAACUGUAUAUAGAGAUACAUUGAAGAUAGUGAUCCCAGGCUACAGCCUUAAUUUAAGGGACCAAUAAGUAUUUCUUAAUGCAUUGGAAACGAUUUAAAUUUAAUUAAUGCUUUAUGAAAUACAAUAAAACCUCUGAACAACAAACACUGAAGGAACAUUUAAAAUUGGCCAUUGUUUAGAGGUUAUUUUGUAUGCAUUUCAAAAAGAAACGUUACCGAAAAAACGAAGCCGUUUAAACAUGGCCGUUUUUAGGAGGUGGCCGUUAUUGGCGAUCGACUGUAUAAGGAUAUUUUUUUUUUUAUUUUAAUUAUUUAGCAUUUUAAUUUUAUUCUUAUUUUGAAGAUACAUCUACUUUUGUAAUCUCAUUUAGCGACUAGAUCAAGAUAAUAGCUACUUUUAAUUUAUAAAUGUAUAUAUAUUACGAAAGUAUACGUCAAUCGAAGGAUUAGGACUGGGAUCAUUUUUCGAUGAGCCGGCUCUAAUGUACAGUAUAUAAGAAUAUUUUAUCAUUUUAAUUUUUUUGUCAGCAACGAAGUACAUUAAGAUAAUCAAUUCUACUAUAACAAGUAGAAAUUAUUGAAUUGUCGUUGAAAAAUAUUAUUUUUUGAAACAUAAAAUUUGCAGUUUCUUUGCUAUGACCACGCGUAAAUGAUAACUGCAAUAAAAAUGUUAUAAGAAAUUCAUAAACUAUAUAUAUAUAUU